AUGCACACUACAGGGAGAGGGUUUUCAUCUCAUCCAAAAGAGAAGUGUUGGAACAGAUACGAUCAAAUCAGCUCCUAAUGUGCGGGUCCAACAAGCAUUGUGGGUUAAAUGCAAGGAGGGAGAAAAAGAACCAGUUAUCUGCUGUGUGCAGUCCCCUUAUAAUGUCAGAUGGUAUGAUGGUUCAAAAGUUUUAAGUUCAGUUGCUGGUGAAGCAGGCUGUAUCAAGUAUGAAUAUCCAAUGCAAAGCUGCAGUCACUCAAAUAAACAAUUCACAUGCAAAGUAACUGAACCAGAGGCUUUUCAAGCGACAACAACCCUGAACAUUUUUACAGAUCCUAUUGUAUGUAACAAUACGGAGUAUGGGACUGGACGAAUGGGUGACAAAGCAACCACAAUGUGCGCCGAAGGUCUGAAGGGUUACAAGAGUGCCGUUUGUCUAGAAUCAACAGUGUGGAAACUUGUGGAGGACUUCUGCAUUGUAACCAAGAUCAAUGAAUUAUUGAUUGAUUCAGUGGACCUGAAGGAAGAAGAGAUUCAGACAUUUACAACUAAUCUAAGUAAGGCUGUCAAGGAAGAAGAACAGGAAAUUACAAAAUCUUCUGCAACAAUAUCAGCUAUUGUUAACAUAUUACAUAUAAUCGCAAGUGUUUCAGUAGAUGUCAGUGACGGUGUCAUGCAGAAUAUUCUAAAUACUGUUGAUGUCAUCAUUGGGGAUGAUGCUAAAGACUCCUGGGACUUUCUGAACACAAAUCAAAUCCAAAAUUCCAGCUCGGAACUUCUGGGUUCAUUUGAGACAAUCUCUGACAAAAUUAAUGGAAAUGUUGCUUUACAUACUCGACGAAUCAAGCUGUACAGAACCAAGUUCAACAACUCUUUCAGUAAAGAAUUGACUUCCAAUGUCUCUAUAAACAUUCCAGAUACAGGCCUCAAUGAUAUCUAUAUAACCACCAUUGUAUUCUCCACACUUCAUAAUGUUAUGCCAUCACGGAAUUCUUCAUUUGAAUUUACAGAUUCCAACAGCACCAGCAAUAAAACUAAACCUGACAAUACUAUCAAUGCUGCUGUGCUGCUUGUUAAAUUAAAUGAAACCAUUCAAAACAUCACUCUGAGCUACCAAAAGCUCAACACGACCCUGGAACUGGACCCACAGUGUGUUUUCUGGAAUUUUAAACUCUUUGAUAAAGUUGGUGCCUGGGAUGAUGAGGGCUGUGAGUUUGUUUCUGACAUAAAUUAUACUGUAAUUUGCACCUGCAACCACCUCACAUCUUUCUCAAUUCUGAUGUCAACUGACAUCCCUGAAUCAAUACUAUUAUUGGAUGUAAUUACAUAUAUUGGAGUUGGGAUAUCAAUGGUCAGCUUACUUAUUUGUCUCAUUAUUGAAGGGAUUGUAUGGAGAGCCCUAACCAUAAAUAGCACUGCCUUUAUGCGCCAUGUCGCCAUUGUUAACACAGCCCUGUCCCUGCUGAUUGCUGACAUAUGUUUCAUCAUUUGGGCCUCUAUUGCGAAUAACCCCAAAGAUAACCCAAAUAAGGACUACAUAGUGCCAAUUGGACGUUGUAGUGCAGCAACCUUUUUCAUGCACUUUUUCUAUCUUGCCAUGUUCUUUUGGAUGUUUGUUUCAAGUCUCCUGCUCUUAUACCGGACAGUCAUGGUUUUCUCCCAAAUGUCUAAAUGGACCAUGCUUACCAUUGGCUUGACUGUGGGAUAUGUUUGCCCUCUGAUUAUAGCUGUUACUACUGUUGCUGCCACAGCACCUGAUAAUGGAUACGUAAGGCAAGAUCAGGUUUGUUGGCUAAACUGGAUGAAGACUAAGGCCCUUUUGGCCUUGGUGAUCCCUGCCUUGACCAUAGUUGUGUUCAAUAUUUUGGUCAUAAUAGUGGUUUUAUACAAGAUGCUGACAAGAAGAGGUUCUGGAAAUACAGUACAGGCAGAUGAAAAACAUGCCUUAGCAGUCAUUCUAAGAUGUGUGGCUAUACUGACUCCUUUAUUUGGACUAACCUGGUCUUUGGGAAUUGGAACCAUGGUGGAGCCAAAAAAUAAAAGGAUCCAUAUUGCCUUUGCUUUCUUCAACUCAUUGCAGGGCUUCUUCAUUUUAGUGUUUGGGACGUUAUUCGAUUCCAAGAUCCGUUCUUUAGUUUUACAAAGAGUACCUGCAUUAGUCUCUGCUUCUAAUCGAACAAAGAGCACAAGUGCGGGAAUUUCCUCCCUUAGAGGACUUAACAUCAUAUGCCGAUUUUGGAGGAGAAGGAAUGUGUACCAUGUUUCACCGGUUCCAAACUCAAGUGGCAACACUGAGUCCUCAAUGUUAUUUACCAACAUCUAAAUCAGUUCCAAUCAUGUAUGCAUAUUUACACACAAAAUUCGUGUAAUGUUUUGGGUUAAUUUAUUUGCAAAUGCUUCUUUUCAAAGGUUGGCAUAUCUUAAAAAUAAAGUUCUAUGCAAAUGUGAAGCCUGCAGGUGUACAGUCAGUAUGUAUAGGAGUUUUUACACAGUAUCUGCAAUGCAGAGAGAGAUUAUUGUGAAA